GUGGCUAUUGACACAGCCUUUCUUUGGAGGUCUUCGGAGACUGCCCCUGCUAGGGCUUGGGGUAGGCAAUCUAAUUGAUUCCACAGCUGGGUCUGUUUCCCCAGACGCUGAAAAAUAUGGCGCACCCUAUUUGUCGAUUUCCAGACACUAUCUGGAAUCGAUUCGUCAGCUAUUCCCUUAGUGUUGUUGUAGGUUAAUUUUGUAUCCCAGUCAUACGGAGCACACCGGGGUGCCAUGGGCGAGAAAGGGAGUAUAAAGAGGGAGACAGGCCUUCGUCUGUUGUCCAGGUCUUCUGAUCAACAAGUUCAUCAUUCUCUAUCCUUAGAUCAUCAUUGCAAUCGCAACAAUGGUUCGCGCUGCUACUCUUUUCGCCGGUCUGGCUGGUCUGUCCGGCAUUGUCUCCGCCCACCCUGGCCACGAUGUUAAGGCUGAGGCCGCUGAGCGUGCCGCCUUCUUGAAGAACUCCCCCAUCCAGGCUCGUGGUCUGAGCCAGUGUGACACCAAGCUCAAGGCCCGUGGCCUUGAGAACACCAACGUUGCUCGUCGCCAGAGGGCCGUCGAGCAAUUGCGUCGCAAGAGAGGUCUUGCUUCGAGCGCCCCUCUCAUCAAGUCCCGCGAUCUCGAGUCCGUGUUGAACACCACUCACCACUCCGAUCUCAAGGGUGUUACUACCCACACCGACCCCGAAGUCCUCUUCGCUUACAACCCUACCUGUAUCCUUGGUCCCGAUGUGACCCAGGGCCCUUACUAUGUCACCGGUGAAUUGAUUCGCUCAGACAUUACGGAGGACCAGGAGGGUGUUCCUCUCUUCCUCGACAUCCAGCUCGUUGACUCCAACACCUGCGAGCCGGUUCCUGAGAUCUACAUGGACCUCUGGCACUGCAACUCUACUGGUGUCUACUCCGGUGUUGCCGCCAGCGGCAACGGCAACUCCGACGACGAGACCAACCUCGACGCAACCUUCCUCCGUGGUCUCCAGAAGACCGACAAGGAUGGUGUGGCCCAGUUCGAGACUGUCUUCCCCGGUCACUACACCGGCCGCGCCACCCACAUCCACGUCCUCUCCCACCCCGCCAACGAGACCAAGGUCCUCAAGAACAACACCAUCAGCGGCCUCUACACCUCCCACUCCAACUGGGUCGGCCAGAUCUUCUUCGACCAGGACCUCAUCUCCACCGUCGAGGAGCUCGAGCCCUACAACACCAACACUCAGGAACUCACCACCAACGCCGAAGACAGCAUCCUCUCCGAGGAAGCCGACACCAUCGACCCCUUCGUCGAGUACGUUUUCCUCGGUGACAAGCCCCAGGACGGUAUCUUUGCUUGGAUCUCGGCCGCCGUCGAUAUCACCGGCGACACCGAGGUUACCCCUGCUGCUUACCGUACUGAAAGCGGCGGUAUUUCUAACCCCAACAGCGGUAUGGGUAUGGGUGGUGGUCCUCCCCCGGAUGAUUCUUCUAGCGCUGCUCCCAGCUCCAGCUCUAGCACUUGAGCUUGUUUUGGGUGAAGAUAGGUGAUGGUUUUUUUUUUUUUUUUCUCUAUACAUUCUUGUACACUGUUUGAAAGUAAAUAGCACGUUUACUUCUAGAUAGUUAUUGAAGCUGGCACUAGGCUAGCUUCAUGUACUUUACAAUUUAUUCAAUAACUGGC